AUGCAACGAACCAAAAUAACAAAGUUUUUUUUACAAUCAUCGGUGUCUGAUUCAGUUCAUCAACCAAAAGAAAAUGAUCAUAAUAAUAUGAAACAUGAUGUUCAGACAGAAAAUGUUAUUGAUGUUGUUAAUGGUUCUGGUUGUGAUGAUGUAAAAAAAGAUGUCUCUGAAACCUAUGAAAGUAAUGAUAUUUCUUUGUUUUCAAAUUUGAACCGUUCUCUGACAGAUGCUGAAAAAAUAUUGGUAAGAUCAGAAUCAUAUAAUUCAACAAGUGUAUUAAAAUUGGGUAGUUUUUCUUAUAACAGAGUACCUAGCUCAUAUUUUGGUAUUUAUUUAUUUUUUACUAGGCAUGGAGGUGUAGGAAACCAAAAGCUUGGGCAGCUUGUUAUUAAACCAUUUAUCAACUUUAAACAUGCACAAGAAGUAUUUCGUACUCAUGCUAAAUGUGAAUAUCAUCUAAAAUCAGUUAUAGACGCUGAGCGUUUUUUGAAUAUAUUUGAAAAGAAGGAAAUUCCUUUAAUACAACAAAUUGAUAGUGAACGAGCUAAGCAAGUACAAGAAAAUAGAAAACUACUUAUUCCAAUAAUACAGUGCGUUAUUUUAUGUGGCCGUGAAGAAAUACCUUUAAGAGGACACCGUGAUUUUGGAACAUUUAAUAUUGAAGAUGAACAAAGUAAUGAAGGUAACUUUCGAGCUAUCCUUAAAUAUCGAGCAAAAGGAGAUAAAUAUCUGAAAUCAGUACUUGAAGGUCCAGGUAAACGAAACAAAUACACUAGUCCUGGUAUACAAAAUCAGAUAAUUGAAGCUUGCAAUAAACUCAUUUUAAAUAAAAUUGUGGACAAAAUAAAUAAAUCGCAAUGUUUCUCAAUUUUGGCCGACGAGACAACUGAUGUAUCUAACAUAGAGCAGUUGUCACUUUGUGUUAGAUAUGUUGACAACAAUAACAUGCUAAAUGAAGAUUUUAUUCAGUUUAUUGCUAUUCAUAGCCUAACAGGUUUAGACUUGGCUACAUCAAUAUUAAAAGGUUUGAGUGAUUGUGGAGUAAAUUCCGAGUUUAUGUACGGACAAGGCUAUGAUGGAGCUAGCAAUAUGGCAGGGCAAUUUAAAGGUGUUCAAAAAAUUAUAAGAAAUAAAUACCCUAACGCUCUAUACGUACACUGUUCAGCGCAUUCCCCGAACUUAGCAGUUUCAUCUUCUAGCAAUAUAAAACCAAUUAGAAACUCUCUACAUUUCAUAUCUAUUGAAUGGAAAGAUUCAUCUUCCACUGAUGCAAAUAUGUUUUUAAAAUGUAUUCAAGAUUCAGAGUUCUUGGUUUCCCUUUAUGUUACAAAGGUAUUGUUUUCAUAUGGUUUGCCAGUAUGCAAACAACUACAAAAAGAAAGAAUAGAUUUGAAGAAAACGGUUGAUAUUGUGGAAAACUUAAUACAAUCAUUAAUGAAUGUUAGAGAAGAUGCCGAACAUGAAUUUAAGAGAAUAGUUGAUGAAGCUCAGACAACGGCUGAAUUAAUUGGAACAUCAAUCUCUAGAAAAAGAAUUACAUCAAAGCAAACCAAUCGAGCAAAUCCUCAAAAUUUAAAAUCUACUGAGGAUUAUUAUCGAGUAACUGUGUUUUUGCCAUACAUUGAUAAUUUCAUUUCUCAACUGAAAGAUAGAUUUGUGAAUCAUAAAAACGUUUUAAGAGGAUUCGAGUGCUUAUUUCAUUCAGAAUUUUCUAAUGAAGACAGAAAUGAAUUUCAGCACCUUAUAGAACUAUAUUCUCCUGCAAUUGAUAGGCGCCAAUGUGCUUGCAGAACUGAAUAUGUGGAAAUUAAAACUAGCCUCCAGUAG